AUCUGUGUGUCGGUCGGUGUUGUCGGCAGGCAGCAGCAGUGUCUUGUGUAUUGACGCCGACGGCGUCGAUUACCGAGAAGCUUCUUCGCUGAAGCUUCGAGCGUUUGAGUAUUCGUCUGGAGUUCAUCGUCUGGAAGCGCAUUGUGCCAUCGAGCCACGGAUUCAGUGCAACAGGCCAUUGAUCGUGCAACGAGAAUGAAGUCGUCGCCGAGUCGUGGGGAGCUUCUCGCCGAAGAAGAGACAUAAUCUUCCCCGCUACAACAUUCGCAAUGACUGAGUACAAGCUAGUCGUUGUUGGAGCUGGUGGUGUGGGCAAGAGCGCCCUGACGAUCCAGUUGAUUCAGAAUCAUUUCGUGGACGAAUAUGAUCCCACGAUAGAGGAUUCAUACAGAAAGCAGGUCGUUAUCGACGGGGAAACCUGUCUCCUGGACAUUCUGGAUACGGCGGGUCAGGAAGAAUAUUCAGCAAUGCGAGACCAGUAUAUGCGAACCGGGGAAGGAUUCCUUCUGGUUUUCGCUGUCAACAACGCAAAAUCAUUUGAAGACAUUGCCAUGUACAGAUUCGAGCCUCCGCCCAUACGGAAGAGCCUCGUUUCUAAAUGUAACGCCGUUCCGAACGUCAAAUGA